GGACAAGUUUUUUAUUCUCUUAAUAAACCGAUUUUAAUUUUUAACGAUGUAAGAGAAAAGUAGCUGAAGAAAAUAACACCAGUUUAGUCAGCGAGUGACUGAGUGAUGAGCAUGAAGAUGAAAAUGGAGGAGCAAGAAAAUCUAAGCCUAAUCCCCCCAACAGCAACCCUAGAAAUAGACAAAGACCUCACUCUCCUACCACGCAUCAAACUCAACCUCACCGUACACCCUUCCACACCUUCAUCCUCCAUAACAAACCAAAUCGACGAAUGGAAAACCAAACGAGCCUUACUCGAUUUUCUCCAAACCUCUCAUUCUCUUCCCUUUCCUCUCCCCGAAGAAGAUCUUCAAUUCAAACGCUUCAACAAAGACCUCAAAAAGCGUAAACGCGAAGAUCCCGUCGUUUACGGUACACUCCACAUCUGGGACCUGUCGUUUUUGAGCGAGAAGAAUGAAAACGACGUUGUGAAAUGGAGGAAUGGUCUUGUUGAGAAAUUGAACGGCGUUGAGUUGAAUCUUCAAGGGGUUAGGUUUAGGCUUGAGGUUGAUGUUCCCGAGUGUGAUGAUUUUGAUGGGAUGAAGAAGAAUUGGGAAGAGUUUUAUGCUUUUCGGGAUGUCAAUCGGAGUUCCAGGCGCGAACCGGAUACGAUUGUUGUUAGUGGUGUGCCGUCUCGGUGGUUUGCGGAGACUAGGGUUUCUUCUAAACCUUCUAUGCUUGUUACUCAUACCAUUUUUUCAAAGUUUGGCAAGAUAAGGAAUCUUAAUGUUGCUGAGGACGAUUCAGGUAAGGAUGCAAAUGAAGACAGUGUAGACCUAGUUUCGGGGCUUUACUGCAAGAUUGUGGUUCAGUUUGAGAAAUAUAGAGACUUCCAUGAUGCAUUGAGAGUUCUCAGUGGCCGCUCUUUGCAAAAGCAAGGAUCAAGAUUAAAGGCUGAUUAUGUGGUUACUUGGGACAAAGAUGAAUUUUUUCGUAAUUCAAGGAAUCAAACUCAAGAGAAAAACAACGCGAUAUCCACAACUGCAUCCGAUCAUUAUAGAAGUGAAGCUCCUCGGCGCCAGGUCUACAACUCUCGCCACAGUCCAGAUAAAGUUCGCUCAAGGAGAUUCAGGGAAUGAGGAUUCAACUUUUUGUUUUAUUUUGGAUACAAACUCAAUAUUGCUGUUAUGGACUGAACUCAAAUUUAGACUCGUAAAAUGUUCGCUGACUCAAGCUCAUGAGGUUGGAUAGUGGGGUUAUUUUCAGAGAUCACCUGUAAUAACAUUUACAAUCUCAUUUUUCCAAUUUAAAAAGCGAAAUAGCCCUUGUUCAUGUUAUCUGUUCCAAAAAGAAAAUCGGUUUCCCACAUUAUUUGGCGAAAUUAAUUUAUUAUCAUUGAGUUGUGCUGUAAAAUGACAGGGUGAGAAGUGAGAAGUAUGCAUGUAUUAUUACAUCUCAACGAUAAGAAUGGACCUGAGAAUAUCUUAGUUCUAACAUUGGAUGGAACAAUCUUUGCCUUUUCAACCAAAUUUCAAACUAUCAAUGUCCAUUUGUCUACAA